CCAAAAUUCCACCUUAAAAUUUAGGUCUCCCCUUCUAAAUCUAUAACCUCGACGUAUCAUUUUUGGCCAGGAUUUGGACUUGUGCGAGCAGCAGUAAACCCAGGAAGACAGAGCAAAGCGAAGAGCUCCAUCUUCCAAACUUUGGCUUCUUCCUCACCCUCCUCCCCCCCUACAUCCUCCCAGAAAAGCGCGGAGCCAAUCUUUAACAAAAUUGCAACCACUGGUGGCUUCAUCGACUUCUCAAAGACGCUAGGUAGCCAGCAUUGGCGUUCGGGUUAAUAUCAUAGAUAAGGAUGCAGCACGAUGAGGUCAUAUGGCAAGUUAUCAGACACAAGCACUGCAGCUUCAUGGCAAAGCUUCAGACAGGAAUACUUUGCCGGAAUCCAUAUAACGUCACAGGUUUAUGUAACCGCACCUCCUGUCCUCUAGCUAAUAGUCGCUAUGCCACAAUAAGAGAACAUGAUGGCGUGUUCUAUUUGUACAUGAAAACUAUAGAGAGGGCUCACAUGCCAAACAAGUUAUGGGAAAGGGUCAAGCUGCCCAGGAAUUAUAUGAAGGCCCUUGAAGUGAUUGAUAAACAUUUGGUUUAUUGGCCAAAACUUCUUCUUCACAAGAUAAAACAAAGACUAACUAAAAUGACUCAGAUGAGAAUACGGAUGAGGAAGAUUGCUUUAAAAACUCGAGAGAAGAUAAUGACCACACCUAGAAAAGAGAUGAAAAGAGAAGCUCGUAGGGAACAAAAGGCUGAAAAAGCAGCUUUGCUGGAAAAGAGCAUAGAAAAGGAACUGCUUGAACGAUUAAAUAGAGGAGUUUAUUCUGGCGAUAUAGUCAACAUUAUCCCGGUUGCGAAGUACAAUGAAAUUCUAGAUAGAGAAAGUAUUGCCGAAAAAGAGGACGAAAAGGAGUAUGAGGUAGAGUAUGUUGAAGGUUAUGAAGACCUUGAAGAGGUGGAUGAUAUUGAAGACCUUGGUGGUAGGGCAAUUGAAGAUCCGGAUGCAGGAGUUGAUGAAGCUGGAUUGGACGAUGAUGAAGAGGAGGCCGUUACAUUUCAUGAAAGGAUUAAGAAGCCUGGCUUGGGUUCAAAAAAGCAUAGGAGAGACAACCUAAGUGCAUAUUCUAAGAAGAAAACCAAAGUGCUUGUUGAGGUUGAACUUGAUGAUGCAAGUGAAAGACAAACUGCAAUCCAAUGAGAGCGUGUUGGAUUUCUUUCGAUGUACCAUCAAGCCGGCUAUAAAGUAUAAACCGUUGUGGUUCACUUAUUGAGUUAUAACAGCUGCACUGCAGUGGCAUUGUGGUUUGAAGAGUGAAGAUGUGUUCCGUCUUUUUUGCCUCACUUCUAGAUAUAUCGCAACUUUUGACUUAUUUUUUCCCUUUAUAUCUAGUUUGUUAAAUAUGCAUUGUCUAAAAAGUACUACGAAUAUUGCUUCUUUCUUCUUUCCUCGUUUUUUUUGUAUUGAACGAUUUUCCCUCAAAGAUCGCAUAUUUACCUUUUCCACUGCUUUUUGCU